AUGAGUUCAAAUGUUACUGUUACUAAUACAACAAAAAUAGUUCCAUCUAAAGUUAGUACAGGAGAAAAAUGUGUAGGAGAUGUUCCAGAAAGUGAGAUACAACGAAUUCAAAAGAGGAUAACAGCAUUAGAAGCACGAGUAGAGCAAUUCCAAAAAGUAGAGGUAGAAGUAGAAACUAUGUUUAAAUCUGUUCAAGAAGAAGAAAAGAAGAGAUUAAAUGAAACAGAUAAAAACACACUUUAUAGUGUUAAAAUUAAUUUAUAUCAAAAAAGAGUUAAAAUAGUCAAAAUGAUAGUUAAAUUAUUAAAAAUGAUUAAAAAGACAGCAGAGAUUUUACCUAAAAAUAUGAGUAAACAAAUUAUUAAUAAACUUUCAAUAAAAGAAAGAAUUAAUCGAUGUGAAAAAGAAAUUAAUAUAUUAAAACUACAAGCACAAAAAGAUAAAAAAAUGCUCGUUUUUGAAACAAAGAAAGUUACUCGUAUGACAAGAAAAAUGAGAAAAAAUCCAAAGGAAGUGGAGAAGAUUGUAACAGAAUUAGUUAUCAAAGAGCUUAACAAUGAAAAGAAAAAACAAACACUUAAGAAGAAUGCUAAAAAAAUUGCACAAAAAACUUCUUCUAUUCAAGAAAAACAAAUGAAAAAAAUUGCAAAAAAAGUAUUUUCAAAAAUAUGA